AUGAAAAAGGCUGAGGAGUUUCUUAUACGGCAUGCCCAAUUAACUGCCUUUAAUUCGGAAAUUACAGCUCUUCGACGAGGUAAACCUAUUCCUGCACAAAGUAAGUUAAAAGGUCUUGAGCCUUUUCUAGAUGAUAAUUCUCUUUUAAGAGUUGGAGGAAGAUUAAAAAACUCAAAUUUAUUAUUUGAUUGUAAACACCAGUUAAUUUUGCCUCCUACUCAUAGAGUUACUGUAUUGAUUUUUGAAUAUUUUCAUAAGAAGUACCUACAUAUUGGAGCGCAGGGUUUACUUCAUCAGGUGCGUUUGAAAUAUUGGCCCAUUCACGGCAAGGGCUUGGCUCGUAAGAUAGUUCAUGCUUGUGUGAUUUGUUUUAAAAACAAACCAAUUGCAGCAAGUCAGGUCAUGGGUAAUCUUCCCACUGAGCGUAUAACUCCGACUUCACCCUUUCUUAAUUGUGGCGUUGACUUUUGCGGACCAUUUCAUGUACAAUUCAAGGGUCAACGUAAGGGCAUUUUUCCUAAAAUCUAUGUUGCUGUAUUUAUAUGUUUGUCCACAAAGGCAAUCCAUUUGGAGGUAGUGACAGACUUGACGUCUGAAGCCUUUAUAGCAGCUCUUAAGCGAUUUUGUGCGAGAAGAGGGAAAAUCUCUUCCAUCAUUACAGAUAAUGCCACAAAUUUUAAGGGGGCUCAUACAGAGUUAAAGCGUUUACAGAAAUUGAUUAGAAAACCAGAUGAGGCGUUAUCCAGCUAUUUCACCUCAGAAUCUAUAGUCUGGAAAUUAAUUUCCCCUAGAUCACCGAAUUUUGGUGGACUGUGGGAAGCGGGAGUUAAAUCCUUUAAGUACCAUCUUAGAAGAACUAUGGGAAGUACUAAGGUUACUAUGGAAGAAUUUCUUACAAUCAUUACUCAGAUUGAAGGAAUUUUAAAUUCACGCCCGUUAACCCCUAUGUCUAAUGAUAUUAAUGAAUUUGAAGUUUUAACGCCAGGACAUUUUUUAGUCGGCCGUCCAAUCACGUCUAUACCAGAGCCUGAACUUAUUGAAAUCACUGAUAAUAGGUUAUCAAGGUGGCAGCGGACAACAAAAUUUGUUCAAUUAAUAUGGAAGCGUUGGCAAACAGAUUACCUCAAUCACUUGCAACAGCGCAAUAAAUGGCAGUUUCAGAAAUCCAAUGUAGAAACAGGUGCAAUGGUUUUACUUAAGGAUGAGAAUUUGCCGCCUUGCCAUUGGGCCUUAGGUAGAAUUUUAGAGACAAUCCCUGGUACAGAUGGUAAGGUACGUGUAGCUAAAGUUAAAACUGCUUCAGGAAUCUGCACUAGAUCUAUAUCAAAGAUCUGUUUAUUGCCUAUGUAA